CGUCUCUUCAACAUUCGUCAGCGGGCGAAUCAGAUGUAGUCCAAGUCGAGAAGGACAAGGAGGAGGAGCAGAAUUCUAGCGCAUCUCCAACAAGACGAGCCUUUCACACUCUUUUCGUGCUCUUCUCCUCGUAAUACGUCGAACAGUCGAGCCAAAUUUCCGCGCCGGCUCCACAGCAAAACGGCAGAUAAGCCAGCUGCUAGCGUUGCUACACGCGAAAUAAGCUAGUAGGUUUUCGGGGGCGCAAUUUGGAUGAGCAUCUUCUCUCCCGUUCGGCAGCAGAAUGGACCGCAGCGGCACGCUAUCUGAGUCUCCAGCCUUUCCCUUCUCGAAAAUGGUGGAGAGGCGAUCCAAAAAGGAGAAGCAGUCCACCGAGGACGCGCACAGCUCCAACGCUGAAGACAAGAGCGAAGACGAGCCGCUGAUUAAGCUCAAGACAAAGAAGAAGGAAAGCAAACUAUCCCCCUUUCAUGGCAAAAAAUCUAAGAGUGCAGCGGAAGACAGCUCCGACAACGGUCCUCUGGUGAAAGCCAAAGCUGGCAAGAAGUUGACGUCACCACCCAAGAAAUCUGCCCAGCCCAAGAAGAAGAAAGAUGUUCCGGAUGAGGACGCGAGCUCGGACGACGAGCCACUUAGCGCAAUUUCCAAGAAGCUGAAGGGUCAAACCAAGGAAAGCGUGCCCGCGGGCACCUCCGCACAAGCCGGCGAGGCCACAUCCAAAAGGAAUGCUGCAAAGAAAAGAGUCAAAUAUGCGGAGUCUUCCAACGAGAGCUCGGACGACGACCCGCUGGCGGCCGUCGCGAGGAAGAAGGCGAUCGCCGCUCGGCAGCCGACGCCCGCCGCCAAAAGCGGCAAGAAAACCAGAGCCAAGCGCGCGAGCAGAACGCAGCAAGAGUCUUCGUCCUCAGACGACGGCUCCUACAUUGACGGCAACGACGACAACGACGACAAUGACGACGACGACGACGUGCCCCUGGUGAACCUCGUCGCGAAGCAGAGGAAACCGGCGGAGGACAAGAAUAAGGCAGCAAAAAAGAGCGGCGUGACACAUGGCAGUGCUUCCAAAAAGAGACGAGGUCAGUCCGACGAGAGUUCGGAUGACGAGCCCCUCGUCAACCUGGUGAAGAAAUCCCCAGUGGAGAAAAAGUCCAAGGUGAAAAAAACGGCCCCGGCUCCCAAGAAGAGAGCGGCGACUCCCAAAGCUGCCAAGAAGUCGGCGGCGCCAGGCGUCAGCUCCGACGACGAGCCGCUGAUGGAAGCCGUCACGCACCCACAAGUGACCAAAACUCUCCGCAUCAAACUGGAGAGGUGCGAGAUUAAGGAAGCUGCCGCCACGGGAAGUCAAGCAGAAUGGCGGCUGGCCAAGGAGCCCAGCGAGAAACUCGAGGAGAGUUCCGAGUAAUCAUUUCGGCCACAAUAAGCUCUUCGUGUUCAUACCUGUUUCCUAAAAGAAUCUUUUUGGCGAGAUGCCCCCUAAACAGUGUUUAAUGUUGGAAAAAAAAAGAAAAAAAACUUUUUUACAUGUGAAUGCU